AUGGUUUUUUUUUUCUUUUGCAGGUGAGUUUAUCACGAAUUGUGUUCCACCAUGAGGCAGGUCUUCUGUCUUGGGACAUUGAAGCAACUGGCUGUAAUCUAAAUGGUUUAGAAAGUGUGUGCUCUGGGAUCAGCACGAAACAUCUCAGUGAUAGCGAUGUCUUAAUUCAACACUCAACGGAGAGUCUGGGAGUUGAAGUCCUUGUUAAUCCUACUGUGAGCACGCUGAAGCAAUGUGUCACUAAUCUCUUCUCCACCUCAACAGGACACAAACACCUCAUCCACGCUGGAUACACAUUCGCUGGUUCUGGUUCAUGGAUACUGCAAAAUGGCACUUUUUCUUUUGAUGAAUUCCUUGAAAUAUUUCAACAAGCUGAUGUCCAGAGUCAGAAACGUUGCAACAUUAACGUUCAUUGUGCUGAAGUGGGACCAUGGAAUGUCACAAACUUCGCCAAAGAUAUUUUUACUAAAGUAGCCAAUGUAACUCUUAAUCCACCAGCAAAAGUCAGUAAUGUUCCGGGAUCUGUGUAUCUCAUCGAUUGUUUGAAUAAAAUGCUCAACUCCCAAGCACUGGAGGAGAUGAUGGAAGCCUCUCCAUUAGUAGGAAAUAUCCGAUUUAAUCGACCUACACUUUACAUGUUUCCGGCAGGUCAAGGAGACUGUGCCUUGUUUGGCAUUAAUGGAUUUAACAUGCUCAUUGAUGGUGGGUUUAAUAGAAAACCUUGUUCUUGGGAAUUCAUACGCCACUUGGACAGACUUGAUGCAGUUUUAGUUACUCGUCUCUGUGAAAAUAAUCUUUGUGGCAUGUCCACUUUGAUGAAACGCAAAGCUUUGAAUAAUACGUAUCCUCAGAUUGGCUAUGUGUUCUGCAAUAUUGCGGAAGGCAAAACUUCGUCUCCUAAAGAUGAGAUGGCAAAAGAUAAAGACGAUCUAAUAGUAAGUGUUGUUAACGAGGGUCACAACUUUAUUCAAACCCUCAACGAGUUGAAACUGAAACCUCACCAAUGCUGGAGAGAUUCUUCUGUUGAACCUUUUGUUCUGUAUCACAAAGUAGGACACGGUACACUUGAAAUGCAUGUUCUUAGCCCACCUCGAGAUAGUAAAGAAAUGAAAGAAUUCCUAAUGGAGUGGAGCUCUUAUAAAGAAACCUUUUCCUGUAUAAAAUCUGGUUUAAAAGGUAAAAUUCUUGAAAGCACAAUUCCAUUAUCUCAUGCUACUUCAAUCUGCGCGAUCCUUGUGUGGCGUCCUGCCGAUCCAAAAGAUACAAUCACUAGAAUUUUGUUCCCUGGUAGUGCACCUCAAAAUAAAAUUUUUGAGAGUUUGGAAAAGCUGAAAUCUCUUGAUAUCUUGAAUCAGCCAGUUGUGACUAAAGCCUCCCUGACCAGCAUUUUAGUUGCUAAACCUGUCAGUAAUAAAAUUGAAAAACCUGCUUCCAGAGCAUCAAUUCCGAAUCGGAGGAACACUGCGUCUCCAGCUUUGUCGGUAUCAAGUAUUGCAUCUAGAAACGGAGAUGUUGGUGGCUUUAAAAAAGAUAUUAAAGAGACGAAAAAAGUAAUUAAAGAAGUAAAAAAGGAUAUCAAAGAAGUGAAAAAGGAAGUAAAGAAGGAUAUUAAGAGAGAUUCUGGGAUCAAAGAACUUAAAAAGGAUGUUAAAGCAGAUGUUCCUCAGAAAAAAGAGGUCCCUGCAAAGAAAGAUACAGCUGUAAAGGAAACCAAAAAGGAGACAAAAGAAGUUAAGAAAAUAGUAAAGAAAGAAAAUAAAGAAGUGAAGACUGUAGCCGACAAAAAGCCAGAACUGAAAAAUAUAUCGAAAAAGCCAGAUAUUUCAGGAGUCACAAAAUCUGUUACCGAAGUGAAAAAAUCACCAACUGUUAGGAAGACUACGACACUAGUUAAAAAGGACUCAGGCAAACCAUCUGCUGCAGUUAAAACAGUGGAAAAUAAAAAACCAUUAUCAAAAGUUUCUGAGCUUAAAGCUUCUAAAGAUAUUAGUAAUAAAAAAGCUGUUGAAGCUAAAGCUGUAACGAAGACGAAACCGAAAACCGCAUCUCCCGCCACCAAAACAACUACGAAACCAAAACCUGCUGCUGUACCUAAAGCUGGCAGCAAAAUGACGAAAGCGGUUGCUGCAAGUUCUGUUGUUGCUUCAGCAGUAGCUGUUACUGUUGCUGCCUUGGAACUUAACGAGAAAAAGGAAGAAGUUCCUGACGAAAUUGAUGAGGAAAUCGAAAAAGAAGUUGAAAUUCUAGAUGAGCCGAAAGAUUCGGGCGUUAAUGAGAAAUCAGAAGAGGAAGUAAAUGUAUCUCCUUUGCCACCGGAAGCAUUGUCACCAACUCCUUCAGAUUCUGUAUCUUUGACACCUUCAGAUACAUUGUCAUCGGCGCCACUGGAAACAGUAUCUCCAACGCCUCCACUCGCUAACGAGCCUGUUUCGACUGAAGAAAAGGAAGUUAAUGAAAUCAAAGAAAUUGAACAAGAUAUUAUUCCAUACGACAAAGAAUAUGCUCCAGAAGGUGACGUAAGCAAUGAUGAUAAUGAAAAACUGGAGAAGGAAUAUGAAGAAAUAAAUCCAAUAGAAAUCGAACUCGCCAAACAACAAUCAACUAGUGAUUUGAUGGCUACAUCUUUCGUUGCUGAAAAAGACUUGAAUGGCUGCGAAGUACAAGAAGAAGUCAUCACUGAAACCAAAAUUGUUAACGAUGAACUGGUACCUUCAAAUGCAACCAACUUUGAAAAUAAAGAAUUGGAAGUAGAGGAUGUUUAUGAAAAAGGUGCGGAUGAAGAUAUCGAAAAAUGUGAUAAUUAUCAAAAGGAAGAACAUAUUGAAAAGAAAGAAAUUAAUAUUGAUAACCAAUUAGCUGGUUUAUCUAUGGAAGGAAGCUUUUGCGCGGGAGUUAAUUCAUACGAGAAGGAAGAAAAUACCAAUGUUUCCGAGGAUAAUUUGAAAAACAUUGUAGAAGACAAUGUUUCAGAUGAAAUCAAUGUUACCGAUGCUACUGCAGCUAAAGAGGAUAUCACUAAAGACUAUCAGGACGAAAUUCCGAAACAAAACGAUGAGACAACUGCAAACUCAUCUGAAAUAUUGGAAGAAGAAUAUCGUACUAAUGUAAAUGAUGAAGAGAUGAUUACUCACAAGAGCGAAGAAACAAUGGAUGCUUUGGCACAGCAUUCGGAAGAUUACAAAGAUGAAUCGCAUGAACAAUUGAAUAAGAACAAAGAAAUAGUGGAUGAAUUGGUACUGCAAUCGCAAGAUAUUAAAGAUGAAUCUGACGAACAGUUGCAUCCUCAGCAUGUUUCAGAGUCUAAUAUUGAACAAGAAACGUCAUUUGAAGUAAAGACUGAUGAGCAUAGGAAUCAUCAGCUGUCCACAGAUUUAGAAGUCAACGAAGAUAGUAAUAUCAUAUCGCAAAACACAACCGAUGAACAGUAUGAUAAAGAAUCUGAUAUUCAGUACUUAGAAGAAUCCAUUCAUUCUCACUCGAAUUUUGAUCAGCCAAUGGACAUCGUUCACGAUGUGGAAAUGCAAGAAAGUUCUGUUGAUGAACCAGAAGAAAUUGUUCGAAAGGAGUCUUCCGUUUCGAUAACGCUGAAUGAUGAACCUGAGAGUGAUUACAUUGAUAGCUUGCGAAGAAAAAGUGGAACUGAAUCAGAAGAUGAUGUAGAUAUACAAAAUUACAUGACAAAAGAGCACAGAAGUUCAGUGGAACAAGAUAAAUUAUAUGUUAAGCAGGAUUCUGAAUCUGAUGACGAAGAUGUAGUUAAAAGCCCAACACCACAUGCGGUAGUUGACUAUGAAGGACAUAAUGAUGAUAUCAUACGUGAGAAUAAAAUCAACUCAGAUGAAGAGUACGAAACUCUACAUAAUGAUAAAGAACAUUAUGCAACUGAGAAGCAAGACUUUGACGAGAAGGAUCAUGAUUCAGCUGAAGAACAAGACACCGACGACGGUGAAAUGAUUAGGCAUCCAACUCCACCAAUGAAGUAUAGUGAAGAUGAAAUGCGUGAUCCUAUUGGUCAACAUUUUAUCACUGCACCUGGACUGAAAGAGCAGCCUGAUAUAGCAGAACCACUGUAUGAAGAAACUGAAGACAGCAGAUCGGAUGCAUCGCCAAGUCCAGUUAUAGAUCAACCUGUUUUCAGCAAUGCUGUCGAAGCAGAUUUUCCGGAAUUUGUAACUGUUUCAGGCGGAACUACUCCAUCAGAACCCCAGUCUCCUAAAUCUACGCUUGAUUCAAAGAAAUUUGCCUCUGAGUCUGGAAUGAUGGAGGUCUUAAGUGAACAUGAUUGCUCCGAAAGUUCUACUCAUAGUCCUUUGUGCCAAGAAAGUAAUACAGCUUUUGAUCUGCAAGUGAAUGAACAUAUUUUAGGAUACGAAAGUGAAUCCAAUCUGAAUAAUAAAAUUGAACAAGCAUCGGAUGUAAGCGUAGCAGAUCUAAAAGGUAAUGUAGACGAUCAGAGCAACGACUUUGGGGUAAAAUGUGAUACUUCUUUGGGUAUCGAAGAAAAUCUAGAUACUCGUAAACGUGAUGCUUUCUCAGAUGAUGAAAUCUGCAGUCAAACAGAUAAAUCUGAAACUCACAGUGAAGAGAAAACUGAUAGUGCUACAGAUGACAAAUCUGAUGCCCAUCCUGACGAUAAAUCCGAUGCCCACCCUGACGACAAAUCUGAUGCGCAUCACGAUGACAGAUCUGAUGUGCAUUCUGAUAAAUCAGACGCUCACUCUGAUGAUGGAUCUGAUAUCGCUGAUGAUAAUAAAUCUGAUGUCCAUCCUGAUGAUAAAUCUGAUGUGCAUGAUGACAGGUCAGAUAACCAGUUUGACAGAAAAUCGGACAUUUUGGAGGAUAAUCUAGGCAAUACGGCUGAUAUCCAUGAAGAUGAGAAUACACAGUUCCAUCAUCCUGCUGAAAGUGAAUUUGAAAGCAGCCAGAAAUCUAACAUUCCAUGCGAUGUAUCGCAUCGAGAUGAUGAUAGUCUCUUCACUAAAGAAAACUUGACUGAAGAUGUUCCUGAUGUACAACAAUAUGGUGAGUUGGAGAGUUCUCAUGAUAAAACGAUAAACAUUCACCAUGAUGAGGAUGAGCUUAUCAAGAACAAAAGUGAUAUACUUCAAGAACACGAAAUGCGUAUGAGUGAAGUUGAUGCAUCGAGAGUUGAAGAUGAUAUCCAAAGUAAUACACAUGCAGAUUUUGAGUGUGGUAUAUCGAGAGUUGGAGAUGAUGUUCAAGACAAUACUCAGGCAAAUGUUGAGUGUGACAAUUUAGAAGUUCAAACUCAGAAUGAAUUAGAUUUUCAUAAAGGUGAUAUAAUGCAUGAUGAAUUAAAUAUGUAUGGAGACAUGAAUUCCGUUAUCCAGGGUUCAGAAGAGAUCCAAAACCAUGACAUAAGUAUUCAAAAUAAUUCAGAGAUCUCUACUAAGGAACCUAGUAUGCCAGAAGAUGGUCCAGGAACACAGCUGGAUCACUUCAUUGUUGAUGAUGGAGUAAAGAAUGAAUUGAAUAGGGAAGAGAUGGAUGCAGAAGUAAAUAGGGAUUUGGAAGACCAUUUUGAUAAUGCUUGUCAUAGUCAUUCAACAGUUGAAAAUGAAGUUAAUCAAGAAUCAGGUUACAGUGAAGUAUAUAAAAAUUCAAAUGAAGCGUAUUUUGUGAAAGAGGAAUACGAAUCUAUAACAUCAUCAUCUAAUGCUACUGAAUUAGAUGCUCCCGGAGAAGAUAAAUAUGGAAUGACAGCUUCUGAAGAAUAUGGAAAUGAAAUGACUGUGCAGCGUACUGAUCCUGAUGAAGACGUAAUUCAGCAAAAUGCUGAAAAUUACUCAGUAACAGAAAGUAAAAUUCUUUCUGAAGUCACAGAAACUCAUCAGUAUGAAGCUGUGUCUAAGUGUGAGGAAAAUACUCACAUCUCGGACGAAACUUUUAUUGAAAGCUCAUUUAACAAAAAUGUAAUCUGUGAUCAAUAUUCCGAGUUUCCUGACACACUUUCAGAAGAAACUAAUAUAGGUCAAGCAAAUUUCAGUUAUGUAAGCAGCAAGAUAGAGACAGUAACAUCCAGUAGCACUUACGAAGACACAACUGCUGUUGAAGAAUGUGUUAUUAAUAGUAAAAGUGAUGAUGAAGUGAAUGAGAAAUAUGCUUUAUAUUCGACAGAAUCACUUGUUCAAGAAAAGGAUGCAGAAAAUUCCACAUCUAGCAAUGGUGUUGAAAGUACGUCAAUGAAUUUUCCUGAAGCAUCUCAUUUCGAUGUGCCCAAAGAAUUGAAUUCAAACAUAAAUGAAGAUGUUCAUUAUUCUUAUGAAACUAGCCAUUCAGAAGUAUAUUCACAGCUAUAUCAAGGCAGUGAUAUCGUGAGCGAACACCAAGAUGCAGGUAAGAUGAGUCAGAGCAAUGGUUACGAUAUUGCCGCAGCUGGGUUAAAUUUUGAUGCUUCUCUUCCCACAAGCUCUGUUGCCGAUGAAACUGCAGAACCGUCUUUCAGAACCGUCAAUGGGAAAGAUCAAUCAGCCUGGGAUCAUAGUUCUUCAGAAUAUGAAACACACGUCACAGAAACUAGUUCUAUCCAUACAGAAGCGUACACAAUAAAUACAGCUGAAAGUUGUGAAUCAAGCUACAUUAUUAAUUCACGUUUCCAUUCCGAUUCUCCUGAAGAUAACAUAAUGAGAAACGAUUCCUCUCCAGAAGUUCCCUAUCCUGUUGAUACUACAACUCCGUUUGCAGAACUGAAAAACUCGUCAGAAAUUCAUACGGAAUCGUACGUUCAUUCGAAAGACGAUUAUCCUAAAAAUAUUAAUUUCUCAAACGCAGGUAGUGUUCCUUUGUCACCAAACAAUAAAACACGCAAUUCUAAUCAUGACGAUCCUUAUGGUGAAUCAUCAGAAGAUGAGGACAGUUCUUCUUUACCUGGAACAGUAUCUCCCUAUGCUUAUACCAAUAAGGCUUACACGAGAGAGGAGGGAGAUGUAGAUGGAAACCAUAUUUAUAAAGAAUCCAUUGCUUUUGAACAAUCUUCUGAAAUCAUCAAACAGGUGGAAUUUGAUGGAAAUAAUCCUCAACCUUUAGAAACGCAUCAAAUGGGAUCUGUUGUGAGUAGCUUCUCUCAAGGUUAUCAAGAUAUACAAUACUCUGGGGACACAAACUAUGAUUUCCGCUUAGAAGAGUGGGGAAAACCUAUGGGCCUGCCCACUCCUCCUGACAAUACACAAAAGACGCUUACGAAAAAGACUGAUAAAGCUGUUACUAAAACCUUGAACAAAAGUGAUGCCAAUGGCAAAGCUUAUUCACCAUCUGUUUCAACCAAAUUGUCUUCCCCUCUAAAGAAACCCAAGCCUAAGACAGCCAAAGAAUCUAGCAUCUCUCCUGUGUAUGUUGACCUAGCGUAUGUUCCUCAUCAUGGUGAUCCUCAGUACUGCGACGUGGAAUACUUCAAGAAGAUCCGAGCACGAUACUACGUUUUUAGUGGUAUCAAUCCCAGCAAGGAAGUUCUAAAUGCCCUUUUAGAAGCAAGGAAAACUUGGAACGAAGAUCUAGAAAUAACCAUCAUACCGACAUAUGAGACGGACAUCUUGGGCUACUGGAUGGCCCAAAAUCAGGACGACUUAGCCGAGUAUUCAAUAGAGGUUGCUCCUUCGGCGAGUCGGUGUACCGUGAAUCUUCAGGAUCAUGAAACUAGUUGUGCUGCUUACCGUCUAGAGUUCUAAGGAAAUGACUUAUCAAAGUUUUAAAUUGCUUCCGUUAAUGGGUGCUUCUUUGUUAGCUUUCAUCUUCAGGAAAGAAAGUUUUGAAUCAAAUGAAUAGUUAAAAAUCAAUCUCAAGGUAAAGGGACAUUUCCUGACUUUUAUGUUCAUUUGUGACACCCAAAACAACUGUUAUUUUCGUUACUCUAAUUAGGCGUUUUGAAUGAAUAUUUAUCUAUAUUUUAAGGUUUUUUUCAAAGUAGAGUACAGCAUAAUCAAUUUGCAUUUUUGAACGAGAAUACAAUGUAAAAGAUACAUUAUUCAACUUGUAAUGUUUCACGGCAUGCUUACUUAAAAUCUAUUUUAAAAUUUCAAUGAACUAUGUACUCUACCUUGAAAAAUUCCAUUUAGUGCCUAAUCGAAAGAGUGAGAAACUUAUGUAAAAGAAUUUGCAAGAAAAAAAUAUCAAAAGUUUACUUAAGGGCACCCUGAAAGUACUAGUCCAGUGAAAUUAUUCUCAAAUUAAGAAAAAUCUUGAUGUUUCUGUAGGAUUUCCUAUUUAUUUUCACACUGGUGGCUGUAAAAUCGGAUUUAAAGAUAAUGAAAGAUAAAAACUUAGUUGCCUUUGUCCAAACACUUUUUUUUUUUUUGUCAUCUUAUUCUUUCGAAUAAUGAAAUAUCACUGUGUGUUGCAAGGGAAAUGGAAAAAAUUUGCAUUUCCUAAAUAGUCUAGUAACAUUCCCAAAACAUAUACUGGUAUUUAAAUUAUUUGUUUGCAUUUUAUUAGAAGAAAAUGAGAUUAAAGAUAAAGAACAAAAGCUUAAAAGUGCAUCAAACUGAAUGUCUUUGGUAGUCGUUUGAGAACGAUUAAGAAGAGAGAAAUACUAAUUUAAAAGAUGUUAUUUUCCUUGUAAACAAUGCAUUGUACGUAUAUAAACAUAUAAGGGUAAUUUUUCUUAUGAUUAGAUUUGUUAACACUUUGUGCUCUCCGGGUGCCUUUAAAAAUAUUUUAAACUUCGAAAGAGGUUGUUUUGCUUCUGGUUCCUUUGAGGCAAUGUUGAUGUUAUUUCUUUAAUAAAAAGAAUGUAUUUUAGUCGUAUGGAAUUUAUCCUAUAUACACUUCAUAUUAGUGUCUGUGUUGAAUUCUUACGGAAGAAAAUUAUUAAUCUUUUAUACCAAAUACGAAGAUUUUUGUGAUGUACAUAAAACUAAAUUGUGGUCCUUUAAUAAAUGAGCAUGAAUUUCACAACACAAAUUUUACUUUUUCACUUGUGCUUACGCUUUUUUAACUUUUGCAUUUUUAUUUGAUUUUUAUUAACUUUUUAAUACUUACAUGUGAGAUCGUUUGUUCCGAUAUUCUUCAAUGUUCAUUACUUCAACUGUUGUACUGAUCAUGCAUUAGUUUUUAUUCAUAUAAUCAUCUGUAAAAAAAAAUAAAAAAGACAAAAGAAGCUAUUUUUAAUUGAAUUUUAUCUGUAGGAAGUGAAGUUUGAAAGUUAUAGUGUAUUUCUUUUAUAUACAUGAUUUCUUUUUGGUGUCAGACAUCAUUUUGAUGCUGAGAAGAAAAACUGCUUAUAAAUCUAUUGUACCUGUAUAUUGAUUUUUAUAAGAAAUAUUAAUUAAAAUGUUUUAAAUUUAUGCAUCUUCGUCAAAAGUAUCGUGCGAAGUGACAACAUUUUGCUUUCUUUAGCUGUAUGAAAUCUUUAUGGAAAUGUUUAUAAGAAAGUUCUACUGAUAAAUUGCCUUGGUAAACUGUAUUUCGAAAGGAAUGUUCUUCAGGGUAAAAAAUAUGUUUAAAUGGUCACCAAAAAAAUUUUUAAGAAAUCAUAUGAAUAAAAAAACAUUUUAAACUUAUUUAGUUUUUAUGUUUGCUAAAAAAGUAUUUUUAAUUUUUUUAAUCGGUAAAACAUCUAUUUUGUUGACAUUUCGAGAAAAAAUUUGUUUUUGUUUUCAUACUUCGAAAAAACCGCCAUUUGUUACUAGAAUUCCGACAUUUUAUUGUUUUUGCUUUGUAUAGUUAGUAGAAGCAUAUUGUUAGUUAAUUAAAAUAUUUCGAGUUAAUUAAAUAUUAAUUGAAAACAGCUCACUUUCUUGAUUAAUAGCUUAACUAUUUGGAAAUGUGCUUUAGUUUAUUGAAAUGUGAAUACUGCUAUGCCAGAUGCAUGUGAGAUGCCAUCCUGAAGUAUAUAAUAUAUUCUUUCCUCAAUUCUGAUCUCUUUUGUUCUAAAAUAAUAUUUUCAUUUCUACAGUAUAUGUCAUUUAAAUAACUUUUUAUAUUUACAUACUUAAUUCAUCUAUACCUUAGUUACAAUAAAUUUGGUGAAAACUGUUAAUUUUUAUGCUAUGUAACCCUAACAAGUUAAUAUUUCUUGAAAUUUUAAGGGACCAUUUAAUUGCCUAUUUGUGAAAGUAUAUUUUAUCCUUCACUUGGAUGAAUGCGCUAAAUUAAAGCGAGUACACUUAACGGAGAAAUAGCAGCUUCUGAAAUGUUAAGGCAUAAAAUUAAUUGUCUUAAACUAAUUAGUUGAUGUUGAAGUACGCUCAUAUGCCACGCACAUGUGAAAGAAUUUGAAAUGUCUAAUUUUUCAUUUUCAGUACAUUCUAGGGGAAAAAACUAAUAUUUAUGAUAUGUUUAGUAAUUCCGAACUAUAAAUUAUUCUAUGUAAAUUCUUUAUGUAACUUUAAAGUAUUAUAUGUAUUUGUUUUUGAUAUUUUGAUAUGCAUAUACAUUUUUGUAUUAGUGCUAGUCAGUUUUGCUUUGUCUUUUUAUUGAAUUAUAUUUAUAUACUUAUCAACUGUUUGCAUCUAUUUUUCUUUGCCGGAGAAUUCCAAAGAUCAGUUGAGUAUUCCUAUUUUGUAUUUGUUCAGCUGAAUCAAUAAUUGAACUGAUAGAACUAUGUAGCGUCAAUCUCUUCCCCCCCCCAAAAAAAACUGCAUAUUUUUAGCUAAACCCAAUAUUGUAAACAGCUUAUAUUCUUAAAUGCUUCUCAUACGCUUUGUAAUUGAAAACUUCCAUAGGAAUAAGCGUAUUUCAUUUUAGAAAAUAAUCCGAAUUCGGCAUAAAAUACUGUAUGCAUUAUCAAAAGAUACCAAAAGAAAUGUGGAGGUGGUAAACUUUUUCUUUUCAUAGAAUUUGUGAACAGUUUGGCAGAAUACUAAUAUUUUUGAGAUUUCUGAUUACAUUUUUAUACGCAGUUAUAUAUAUUCAUCUUUACGAAGCAUUCUUCGUAUUUAUGUAUUCAAAAGUUCGAUUUUAUUCUGUAUUUUGUCCACUUUUCUUAGGCAGCCAAUCACGGAUGGUAUACUUUUUUGUACAUCAGUAAGAUCAGAUUCAUUGAAUGGCUGGCUAUGAACUUGAUUUGUGCACGGUGGUUUCCAGAUGCAUUUUUAAAGCGGAAGAAAUUUAAUUUUCAUCUCGUAGAAAUAAUGUUUGAGUGUCGAUAAGCAGACGAUCCUUCAAUAUUUUCUUUGAUGUUAAAGUAAUUUAGAAGUAAACCACAUCUCUGUAUAAAAAGUAUCGAUUCUCUUGAGUAUUUCAUCUUUAUCAUAAUGUGUUAAUGUAACUUCAGUCAAAUAUGAUCAGUAUUUGGGAGCCACUGGUUUACAGGAAGCCAUUUUUAAUAUUUUCUACCGAUGGUCUUGUGUGUGCACUGUAUUUUCAAUAUACCUUUCAAUAUUUGUUUUUUCGCUGAUGGAAUGUAAUUUAGGGUAUUUUAAUGAUUAGUGUGUUUUUGCUAAAUUAUUUUCGAGGUAAUCUUUUAGAUUUAUAUACAUUAUAUACACAUAUAUUUACAAUUUUUAAUCUCUUGCAAGGAAAUACUUGAGUGUUACCUUUUAGAUGCUUCUUGUCAUCAUAUCCUUAGUUCAAGAAAAGGCAUUAAAUGAUAGCUAUGCAAAAGUACGAUUUAUGUAUAGAAUGAUAGCUUGUCGAGUUAUUGCGAGAGAAAAGGAAAUAACGUGAUACAAAGAUUUUUAGAACUAUACAGGAACAGGUAUUUUAAUAAUAUGAUGUGCCAAACCACGUAAGCGGCAAUACAUUUAAUUCUGAUCAGUCUUUCAUUAUUAUUCCCACUGAAAGCAGACGAUAAUUUUUAUUUUUGUCUUCUGUAUUUCAGUCGCUGCUUACGUUGGUUUUACGUAAAUGAGUAAUGCCUUGAACUUCAAAAUCACGAGCUUUAGAACUGUUUUGCUUUAGUUUAUUUUCCUUGCUAGCUGAUAUAUUAGAUUAACUCAGUGUCUUGCUUAGUGUGAAAGAUUAAAGAAUCUUAUUCGCUUUUCAGGCAGUUUAUUACCAUGCAAAUGUCAGCUGUAGUUACUGUAGAGUAUUAGGUGAAGUGAAAAAAAAAUGCCGCAUGUAUGCUGUUACUGCCCAGAGCUUCUAUGUUGUAUGCUGAAACAGUGUCACCAAAAGCAAUGUAUUUGUGUUUCAUUUAAUGUUCUGCGUAUACUUCCUCUAUCAGAAAUGUGCGAGCUUAUGCUAAUUCUGCAGAUUUACUAUGUUUGUGAAAUAAUUAUCGAAUAUUAGGCAAUAAAAUUAUGUUCUGUUUCAAAAGCCUUUUUUAUUUCAAUUUUUAUUAUUUGCUUCUUCCUACGACUGAUCAUAUCGUUAAUACUGAAAUGUGUUCAUUAACUGUUAUUUUUAUCAAUGCUAAUUAGUUUGAAACUAGAAAGAAAACAUAUGUUUUAAAAUAGUGUAUAAAAUUACUGGUAAUAUAUUUCUCAAAAUAUUAAUACAGCAGAAUAGCUCGCAAAUGUCUGAACUUGUUUUUAAUAUUCCCAAUUUUCGUUAUCGCAUGAAUGGAAAUAGAAUUCCAUAAAGAGGGAUAUUCAUGUUGACUUGCUUUCAUGUUUCACCUGACAUUAGUUUUUGCAAUAUUUUUAAAUAUUAUGCUUCUUGUAUGAAUGCUCUGCGGGCACUGUGAUGUCUGUUGGCACGUUUUAUCUGCGUCCUUCAGCAAAUUUUUGACGCGUCUGAACUGUAAACUGUACGUUGUUAAAUAAAAGUUCAGUGUAACUUAUAA